AUCAACUUUAUCAAUUUUGAGGUGGCCAUCAAGGAGAAAUACAGCAUCAAGCUACUUGGGUGGCUGGAGAGUGUUCCAUUCCAGUCUCCUUGCACCACUACAAAUGCUGAACAUGUCCCUACCCUUUUUGAUGCACUUAAAGCAGGUGCAUGUCAUUGGGCAUACAUGUCUAUGCAACAACAUAUGCAACAUGCAGAUUAA